UUCACAUCACUUGUGUCUUUUUUGCGGACACCCUUGGAUUCAUCAUCUGUUGAUGUUGCUGUCUUUUGUCUCUCACUAAUGGGAACCAAUUUCUCAAGCUACCUGCAGGAAGCAAACAGAGUUCUCAAGCCAUGUGGCUGGCUAUUAAUAGCGGAAGUUCGAAGUAGGUUUGAUUCAAACAAUGGCGGAGCAGACCCUGAUAAAUUUUGUGAAGCUGUUUGCAAGCUUGGAUACACUUCAGUUUCUAAGGAUUUGAAGAAUAAUAUGUUUCUUCUUUUCUACUUCAAGAAAAAGGAGAAGGCUGCUCCACUAAAUAUGGCUCUUUAGUUGUUAAAUUUUGCCCAAACUGUCAUAACCGCUUGUGCUAAAGUCUAUUUCAUGAGAAUUACCAUC